UACAGAAAGGUUUAUAUGGAAACUCGCAAUGUCACUGACUUCCAGGGAACAAAUCAAAACAUUCGGGGAGUCCCCUUACUUACAGUUCUACGAACACAUACACCAACUGAUGAAGUCAUUUAGUAAUGCGUGUUCCAUAUAAACGAAUGCUGUCAGUGCAGCUCUUAAGUCUCAAUCGACCGAUUGUCUCGUGUUGUUCCGUGCUCCAUUAUCGCAGUUUAGUUUAAUCUGAACAAAUACGCUAGUUGGACAGUUGAUUGCGAAGUGAGCCCAGUUGUUUGUAGAGAAAAGCUUAGUGCCCAUAAGCCAUCCAUUUUGCUGUAGAUUUAGUGUUAACACGGCAGACACAUCUUUGUCACAUUGAGACUGCUCUUUCAUUAGUGUCGAAACGAUUUUUUUGCAAUGGCCAUUAUUAGCAGAAAGACGGCGGGAGAGAUGCAACAGGAGCUAGGCAGCCUUUUCGGAGCGAAGGACAUGAUACCCUGGGACUUGUAUAAUCCAGAUGAUCUAGAAUAUCUUGUGAAAAAGGUCGCAUUGAUGAUCCCCGAACUAGAGGGGAACGACUCGAAAACGAUAAAAGAGAAUAAAAGACUGGGAAAAAUCCGAGAUGCGGUCGUAACAGCAGCCUGGAAUCAAAGGAAGUAUUAUGGACGAAAUCUGUUGAUGUCUAUUGUUUAUGUUCUUUGUACGAAUUACACCGAAAACAAAUUGUAUGCUCAACACCAAACAAGUUAUGGGGUGUACCCACUUAUGAGAAUUCGCAAAUGUUGCAAAGAUAAUGACAGUACUGAUUGCUGCAUGGUUUUCGUUGAUGACAAUGGGCGGGUAUACCAGGAUUGGGACGACUAUCUGGAGAAUAAUAAUUUGCCCGAAGGGAUUCUAGUGGCUCCUAGAAAAGGAUACUACAACUUCAAUGAAGGUGGUCAGGUUCUUUUGCAGUGCGAAGAAACACCUGCUGCGAAGCCUUUGUCUAAGGCAGGAGAUGUAAUCAACACAACGGCUGGAAUUGCUGGACUUGGUGCUGCUGGAGUCACGAUUGCUUCACUUGCGCUACCAGUUGCCGCCCCGGUACUGAUUGGAGCAGCUGUAGUAGGAAUAGGGUCCGGAAUUUGUGGAGCUGUUUCUUCAAUUGUUCGCCUUGUUGAUCGAGGGAAGCAUGAGGAAAACAUUAACUUGUCUAAUUCACAAGCGAGAGCGGAUUGGCUAGGAGUAGCCGGAGGCGUAGUAAGCAUUGGUGCAAGUGGCGCGACAUCAGUAUUAUCACGUUUUGCUGCAACCGGAAGGAACGUUUCGAGCAUUGCGCGUGGUGCCGUGAACGGAUUGAAUUUGGCUACUAUCGCUAUUAACGGUGUUGGUGCAGGAAACAGUGCCAUAGAGAUAAUAACCAAAGUGCUUAAUGAUGAGAAAGUGUCACCUAUAGACGUGGCACAGCUUGGAGCAUCACUUUUCCUUGUUACACAUUCGGUUUACAAUUUUCAAACUGCAUCGCAAAUUGUCAACAGUAGCCGCGACGCAACUAUUCAAACUUCUCGAAAAGCACUGAGUAAUCGUCAAAGAAAAGCAUUUGAUCGGGCAUAUAAAGAAACUAUUCGUUUAAAAGGGCAAAAUCAGGGCAAAAUGGAUGUCAUUAGAGCUCUGAACAAAAUGCCAGAUUCGAAACAACCUCUCAACGAUCUCUUCAAAAUUAACAAACAACUAAAUGAGAAUGGCCUCAAAGCUUCGUUCAAUCCUGAUGGAAAAAUUCUGCUUAACAAUGACUUAGCGGUCGAGUCAGGCGUACUCAGGCAAAAUUUACAGCACGGAAUUGGUGACAGCAUUCCUGCACGCGUUGCUGCUGCCCCAGUUAAUCCGGUGGAAUAUUCUGGUAUGGUGCCAUCAGGACAACAAAAUCAUACAUUUUCACGACCUGCUUUGGACCAAGUGGUCAACUUCAGCCAACUGCUGGGAAUAACAGUUCUCGCUGCAAUAGGUGAUACAUCAAACUUAGAAGAAUGCGUUAUGAACAUCCUUAGGUCUGUCACGAAGGAGGGACUAAAAACUCUUUGUCGCAUUGCAAGUGAAUAUUACGAGAAAAACGUAAAAGCUUUGGAGGAAGCAUUGACACGUUUUAUACCGUUUGAAGAAGUUCUAUGGAAAGUGUUUGAAAUUGUGAAAAAAGAAUGCGGUCUUCAUGAUAUCGAAAGUUUCAUUGAGAAAUUGGAUUUCGAUUUCAUCCAGAUGAAACUAGCACAAGUUUAUCAAAACUUGAAACCAAAAUUAGGAUCAAAAGUGAAGUGUUCGAAAUGUGGAGGCUACUUUACUAUUUGUGCUAUAUGAAUUUAUACUGUCCUAUUUUCCUUGGUUUGAUAGAUUUUCUUUGUAUAUUAGUAAGUAUAGACCAAUUCGAUAUAAAAUAAAAUUUCAUAAGG